AUGGCAGAAGCAGCAACUUCUUCGACGAGAAAGGCCAAAAGGAAUAACCGAAACCUAAAAUCUCAGGAUCCUGAGCUCGACCGCCUCGAAUCACUUCCAUGGAACUCUUCUCUCCCUCAACACGAUGAACAAGACGACAACACUUUUUCACUCUUCACUGGCUCCAAUGAACUCGAAGGAGGUUUUCUUUCACUUGAGGAGAUUGAUGAAGCUGAGUAUGGUUUAAAUAUUCCUGAUCCUGAAAAUCAUGACAGGAAACACAAUUCUAAACAGAACAAGAAGUUGAAUAAGCAGAAGCAGGACAGUGCUUGUAGUGAUGGAGAAAUUUUGAAUGACGAGAGCAUCAAGUCUAAAGCGAAGAAAAAGAAAAAGAAAAAGAAGAAAAGCAAGGAUGCAAAAGAAAACCAGAAAGUUCAGCCUUUAAAUACUGAUGCUGAUGUGAAGGAUGGUGUUGAGGAAGAGACCAUUGAUGAAACUGAAUAUUAUGCAUGGAACGAGUUGAGGCUUCAUCCUCUUUUAAUGAAAGCAAUACACAAGUUGGGAUUCAAGGAACCAACACCGAUACAAAAGGCUUGUAUUCCGGCUGCUGCUCAUCAAGGGAAGGAUGUUAUUGGGGCUGCAGAGACAGGAUCUGGUAAAACACUUGCAUUUGGUUUGCCCAUUUUGCAACGUCUUUUGGAGGAGCGUGAGAAGGCAUCAAAUGUGAUAGGUGAAAAGGGCGAAGAAGCUGAAAAAUAUGCUUCCACGGGCCUUUUAAGGAGUCUUAUUAUUGCUCCAACUAGAGAACUUGCACUUCAGGUCACUGAUCACCUGAAAGCUGUAGCCAAGUAUAUUAAUGUUAGGGUGACCCCUAUAGUUGGAGGUAUUUUAGCAGAAAAGCAGGAAAGACUUUUAAAAGCAAGGCCUGAGAUUGUGGUUGGUACUCCUGGGAGGUUAUGGGAACUUAUGUCAUCUGGAGAAAAGCAUCUGGUUGAGUUACAUUCACUGUCUUUCUUUGUGCUUGAUGAGGCUGAUCGAAUGGUACAAAAUGGUCAUUUUAAGGAGUUGCAGUCAAUAAUUGACAUGCUCCCCAUGUCCAAUAUCUCAAGUGAAGAUAAUUCUCAAGAUGCACAAAGUUGUAUUACCGUUUCUAGUGUCCAAAGAAAGAAAAGGCAAACUCUUGUUUUCUCUGCAACUGUCGCACUAUCUGCUGAUUUUCGCAAGAAGCUAAAGCGCAGUUCAAUUCAGAAAAAGCAACCGUCGACAAAUGCUUUGGAUUCUAUUGAAACUCUUUCUGAGCGAGCGGGAAUGAGACCCAAUGCAGCAAUUAUUGAUCUUACCAAUCCAUCAAUAUUAGCAGCCAAGAUUGAGGAGUCAUUUAUUGAAUGCACGGAAGAUGAUAAAGAUGCCCAUUUGUAUUAUAUUCUCACUGUCCAUGGACAAGGACGGACAAUAGUUUUCUGUACGUCAAUUGCAGCUUUGCGCCAUAUUUCUUCCAUAUUGCGCAUUCUUGGCGUCAAUGUUUGGACUCUUCAUGCUCAAAUGCAACAGCGAGCGCGUUUAAAGGCCAUGGACCGCUUUCGUGAAAAGGAAAAUGGCAUACUUGUUGCGACAGAUGUUGCUGCAAGAGGUCUUGAUAUUCCCGGUGUUAAAACUGUUGUCCAUUAUCAGCUUCCACAUUCAGCAGAGGUCUAUGUUCAUAGAAGUGGAAGAACAGCUAGAGCUUCUGCUGAAGGUUGUAGCAUUGCUUUAAUCUCCCCAAAAGAUACAUCAAAGUUUGCUUCAUUGUGCAAGUCAUUUUCAAAGGAUACCUUUCAGCGGUUCCCUUUGGAGAACUCAUACAUGCCAGAAAUUCUAAAACGAUUGUCUCUUGCUCGUCAAAUAGACAAGAUAACAAGGAAAGAUUCCCAGGAGAAGGCAGAAAAAAGCUGGUUUGAUCGGAAUGCUAGCUCUGUGGAUUUAGUUACCGAAAAUUAUGACAGUGAGGAGGAACAAGUUAAUAAACACAGGCAAAAAAAAGCCAGCUCUAAAAAAUUGAAGAAUUUGCAGACGGAGCUCAGUAUGCUGAUUUCACGUCCUCUGCAAUCAAAAACAUUUUCACAUCGAUAUUUAGCAGGGGCUGGUGUAACGCCCCUCAUGCAGGAACAAUUGCAACAGUUAGCAAGGCAAAAAUUAAGUGAUCGCCAGGGCGCAGUAUUUGGCAAAAAGGGAAAAUUGGUUGUGAUUGGUCAAGAUUGUGUGGACACACUUCACGCACUUCGGAGUGCUGGUGAAGAGGUGCGCAUGGAUAUCAAGGAUUCAACGGGAAGACAAAGAAACACAGUGAGUUCUAAGAGAAAAAGAAAAGAGGAAAAGACACGUUUGCGUGAUCAGCGUAAAAAGAAGAAAAGAGAUCUAAACCAGGACGAUGAAUAG